ACGUGUGUACAUGUACAUGUUCCAUACGUGUGUUAACCUGCGCCCUACUUGUGUUUUUGUUGGCUGAAGUCAUUGGGGUGAUGAAGUCCCUGCGAGUUCUGUUGCUCAUUCUUGGCGUCGGAACUGCCGCCUUGAUCACAUAUGUUCUCCAGUGGGAAUGGAAAAGCGCUACCAACUACAGCUACAUACACUUCAGAAAUGGUGAUGAAAACUCAAUUCGUAUGGCUGUGCAUUCGGGCAGCGAUUCGUUCAUCCGAAAUCGGUACGGUACAGAAUCACCAGCCACCGAUGACAAUACAGAAACUGACCAGACUUCAUCUGAACCCACCUCUACCAGAAGCUCAGAGGAUGUCAUUUGGGAUGAACAAAAGAGGAGGCAGCAGAUUCUUCGAGAGUCUUGCCAAGGUUUCAACUCCUCAUCUCCCAUGGAGUACAGCCACAUGCUGGUGAGCAACCCGCACAGGGUCCUCUUCAACUUCAUUCCCAAGGUGUCUUGCAAGGCCUGGAAAGCAAUCUUGGGUCGGCUCAGGCAGUUGAACGGCACGGGAAGCGCGUCCUUGGGCAAGUACUCUUCCGUCGAGAGAGAGUCCAAGCUGGCCAGCUACCGCAAGGUGCUGUUUGUACGCGAACCGCUCAGCCGCAUUCUGUCGGCUUACAUGAGCAAGUUCCGCGGCGGGGCUCUGUACGACCACGCCUCCUUGCAGCGCUUUUGGGAGAACAUGUACGGCAAGGACAUCGUUCACCGAUACCGCUAUGUGCCCAAGCCUUCAUUGGCCGGUUGGUUGAAUAUCACACUGACGGAGUUUUUGCGGUACGUCACAGACUUGGGAAGCGGUAUCCGAAUGAACGCGUUCAACGACCAUUGGCUACCGCAGCAUAUCGUCUCGCACCCGUGCCAAAUCAAGUACGAUUUCAUUGGCCACUUUGAAAAUCUUUCUGUCGAAGGACCGUUUGUCCUUCAAUGGCUAGGGAUUGAUCAUCUGGUCCAGUUCCCUGACUAUCACAAUUCUAAUGCCGCGGACAGCCUCGUCAGGUACUACAAGACAGUACCACUCGAGCUUAUUCAGAAAGUAAGCGAUUACUACUGGGAGGACUACCGACUUUUCGGAUACUCACUGGAGGAAACCAUUAGUCUUUUUGCUCGAGGAGUAUUUAAAAACAAAGUACAACUGCAGACAUAAAACAAAACUCAAGCCUUCCAUACCUGGAAACUCGAUCCGUCUGUAAAUGUAAUUAGAUUCCUUUUUAUUUAAGGCAUCGAGUAUUUUGUCCAAUGAAGAGAUUUUUCUCAUGGCACGAAUACAUUUUGUGGCAGAUUACUGCAAAGGAAAAAAUUCAACUGGGAAAUUCGACUCUCUCAUAUUUGAUUCUAUAGAAUACCUCCAUGGUUGUAUCAACUUAUCAUCCAGGUCAUCCAGUCUAAAGCCAACCUGGUCUGAAGCAAUUUACGGAUAGAUUUGUGCGACAAAGCCAUUCCUUUGUCAGCGUUUUAUUCCAAGUCACUACUGGAUUCAGACAGACUUGUGACAUUUUUUUAGUGAACUGUCGGGCGCCAGUUGAUUGUCCCCUGAAAUUCACACUGAAAAUUACUUGUGAAAAAAAAUCAAUAAAGCCAUCUUUGUACUGACCGUCUGGCCAACGUUUACACUUAACUACAUUAAACACAAGUAAAAGUAAAUUUUAAUUGAUUCCCUUGUUUCACGGGAUAAGGCGACGUCUCCUGGCGUACAGAUCAAGGAAAUUACUGAGACGUUUCAAGCCCAAGAUAGUAGCAGGUUUAUGGCUUGUGAGGGCGUCGCCACCUGUUUCGGCUUCAAUCGUGCAUGGAAACGUCCUCAAAUAUCCUCAGGGAAUCUCCCGUUAACACAUGAAGACAAAAACACGAAGCCAUCACAAUGACUCCUUUCGGCAAGUUUUGUUCCACGAGCUGUUAAACGUAAUAUGACCUUAAUUACCAGAUGUAGCUUUUAUACAGCCCUUUGUAGCAAGACCAUAGCUCAAAAAAGUACAAGUGGGGGGAGAAGGAAGUCUCAUAGUCGUACAUCUUUUGAAGCCAGCCCCGGGCUGGAAACCGAUGACCUUUCUGGUCUUACACAGCAAAGAAACAUUCAAUUCCACUCCGCCAAAACUUAUGAUGCAUUACUUUCCCGUUAAAAUCUGUUACUUGCCCCCCUUGUCUGGAAAAAAUACAGCUUAUAUUUAAUGACUUACGAUAUACGCUUCUAAGUAGGACAUGUAAACUCUUAUUUAAACAUCUGGGAGAAAAAUCAUUUUUGUAUCUUUGUUGUAAUUUUGACAAUGUGUAAAUGAAUCUUUUCAAAUCCUUUGAAAUAAUGUUGGUUCUGAUAUGUUAGGAUUUGAGGGGUAAAUUUUUUUUUCAAAUUAUGUCACUUUGAACCAUCGACCACAAUUUGCGGACAUUUGUACGUAUAUGGCAAAGCGUUUGUGUCCACGAUGUCCACGAUUAAAAUGACAUUGCAUACCAAAAUUAACAAUUUUUAUAAACUGCACAAUGA